AAUGGACAAACUUGGAAGCUUCUUGAGCGGGGCCCAGAGCUUGGCAGGUGCUUUAGGAACAAAUGGGGAAGGACAGUUUGAUCGAGGGAACGGAAAGAUCGUCAAGUGGUCCUUUAAAGGACAGAUCAUGGGGUUUGAGUGGAAGUACAUAGGAAUCUGUGUGGACCAGGCUACAGGGGAAACAGCGACGGCAGUAAAACAGAGCAGGGACGGCUCAAUCGAGCACUCCAUGCGAGAUCUGUUCCAGAAACUGGCUGCGAGGGGUGCACUAUAA